AUGGCAACCUGUCGCCAAUUUGGAGGGAAAACGAUUACCGACGGAAUUUCCGUCGCGCCGCAGUCAGCAGCAGUUCAUCUUCUUCCUUCUUUCUCUUUUCUCCAUUUUGGCGAUUUCUCCUCCCCUCCGGCGAUUUCUGCUCCCAUUCCGGCGCCAUUGAUACCACUCCUCUCCGGCUGCCCCCACUCCUCUCCGGCGCCAGUACUGCUGCCGCCACUCCUCACCGGCGCCACUGCUCCUCCACCGCCCCCACUUCUCUCCGUUGCUGCCGGCCACCCUCCACUGCCGCCGGCGCCGCUGCCUUUCUCCGGUCUCCGGCCACCCUCCACUGCCGCCGGUGCCGCUGCCUUUCUCCGGUCUCAGGAUUUCCCUGAAAAAUGGCCGCUGAUCAUAGCCGCUGUUGUUUGUUUACAUCGCUUAUCUCCUAUUUAUUGCGGUUCUGCUCUUCAACAAUACGUAAUUGUACGUCCUCCAGAAAUGAAUCCAGACCGCAGCUGGAUGUAUACGAGGCAUGACAGAGGCUUCCUGCCGCCAGAUUUUUUCCCUAAUCUUGAAGAGUUCGUGAAUUUUGCUGUACAACAUCCCGAGUGUAUGAAUGGAGAAGAGAUAAAAUGCCCAUGUUCUAGGACAAAAUGUAGAAAUACGAAUUUUCGAGAUGUCGAAGUUGUGAAACUACAUGUCUUGCAGUCUGGGUUUGUUCCAGAUUACUAUGUCUGGAUUCACCACGGUGAGGUGAAUGUCCCUCCUGUUGUUCAGCAGCCGGUUAAUGAAUACGAUUACUAUAAUGAGGGAGGGGGAGAUUUAAACUCCGGUCAGAGAAUGGGGUCGAUAUCUUUAAUUGACGACACCUGCCGUUUAUUACAAGAACUGCUUCCAGAGAACAACAAAAUGCCGAAAAAUUUUGCUAAUAUCAAGAAGCUAGUGAAAGGUCUCGGGUUGCCGGUUGAGGUUAUUGAGUGCUGUUUGCACAACUGUAUGAUUUACUGGGGGGCGGACGAGGAUUUAACCCACUGCAAAGUUUGCACAUUUCCUCGGUGGAAACCUGUUACGAAAAGCAAUUCGGCCAAAAGAAGGGCUAACGUUCCUUACAAAAAAAUGUUUUAUUUCCCUUUAACUCCGAGGCUGCAAAGGUUGUACGCUUCCAAAGCCACGGCUAAACAUAUGACAUGGCACGCUGAACAUGAAAUGGAAGACGAGAAGAUGUGUCAUCCUUCUGACUCUCCGGCGUGGAAACGGUUCAGUGAGUUGCAUACAGAUUUUGCUGAUGAAACAAGAAAUAUCAGACUAGGCUUAUGUACUGACGGGUUUCAACCAUUUGGUAGUUUUGGAACACAAUAUUCUUCCUGGCCAGUCAUUGUGACGCCGUAUAAUCUGCCUCCAGGCAUGUGCAUGAAGGAUGAGUUUAUGUUUUUGACAAUACUUGUCCCGGGACCUGGAAAUCCAAAAGACCAGAUGGAUAUAUUCCUGCAGCCGUUAAUAGCGGAGUUGAAUCAAUUGUGGGAAUCUGGAAUUCGGACGUAUGACGUUCAAAAGAGGCAGAAUUUUCAAAUGAGGGCGGCGCUUAUGUGGACAAUUAAUGACUUUCCCGCUUAUUCAAUGUUGUCUGGGUGGAGCACAUCAGGAAGACUGGCAUGUCCGCAUUGUAUGGAAAAUACCGAGGCAUUCACGUUGCCCGAUAGUGGUAAACAGUCCUGGUUUGAUUGCCACAGAAAAUUUUUACCUACGGGCCAUCAUUUUCGUCGGAAUGUUACUGAAUUUCGAAAAGGCAAACAAGUAAAGCACAAAUUUGGAGGUGUGAGGACUGGAGAUGAAGUAUUAGCAGAGGUUGACGGUCUGGGGUUUAAGAGGGCUUAUGAGACAGAUGCUAAGGCUACGAAUGCUGAUCUAUCUAAAGGCCGUGGUUGGAAUCGAAAGAGUAUCUUUUGGGAUUUACCGUAUUGGAAGACAAAUGUAAUCCGGCAUAAUCUCGAUGUCAUGCAUAUUGAGAAAAAUGUAUUUGACAACGUUUUUAAUACCGUACUCAAUGUACCUGGUAAGACAAAAGACACGGCAAAAUCUAGGGCAGAGCUGAAUAAGAUUUGUGAUCGUCCCGGUCUAGCACAAGAUCAGGAAACCGGUAGAUAUCCAAAGGCUUUGUAUGCUUUGGACAGGGAUUUAAAAAAGAUUUUGCUCGAAUGGAUUCAAAAGUUAAAGUUUCCGGACGGUUACGUGUCCAACUUGUCAAGGUGUGUUGAUUUAAACAGUUUGAAGAUGAUGGGCAUGAAAAGUCAUGACUGUCAUGUCUUCAUGCAACGACUUUUGCCAAUUGCUCUCCGGGAGCUUCUUCCGCCCGAAGUGUGGGAACCUUUAACUGAGCUAAGUAUCUUCUUCAGAGAAUUAACUGCCACAUCGCUGAAAAAGGCAGAUCUUGAGAGAUUGGAUCUUGAUAUCCCGAAGAUACUGUGCAAGUUGGAACGUAUUUUUCCACCGAGUUUUUUUAAUUCGAUGGAACAUCUCCCGGUACACCUUCCAUACGAAGCUAUGAUGGCAGGACCUGUUCAGUAUCGUUGGAUGUAUCCGUUUGAAAGGUACUACAUCUACAGUUCUAUUUCAUCGAUCGAGUGGUUGGUACAUGCAUGAACUAAUUAUUUGAUUAUGCAGAUACCUGAGAAAACUAAAAAAUAAGGUCUCGAAUAAAGGCAGAGUGGAAGGAAGCAUCAGCAGCGGAUAUUUAUUAGAGGAAACAGCGAAAUUUGCAUCUUUCUAUUUCAAGGAUGGUGAUCCGAUGCUACCAUGUCGGAUGCAAAGAAAUGAAGUUUGCGAAAUGGACGUUGAUGAUGAUGUCGACAGAUUAUCCAUUUUCAAACCGAAAGGGCGACCUAUAGGUGCUUCUCGGAACAGAUAUCUGGAUGAUGCUGAAUAUAAUGCUGCCCGAAGCUAUAUCCUUCUGAAUUGCACUGAAAUCGAACCUUUCAGAGAAGUUUUUGAAGGCGAGUUGUAUGAAAUCAACCCCGAAAUCACACAGACCGAAGUUGUAGUCAAGUUGGAGAGUGAAUUCGCCUUUUGGU